AUGACGGAGGUUUCAUCCACUCGACUCUAUCUCGGGAACCUUCCCCGCAAUGUGACCAAACAAGAUAUCGAAGAACACUUCAGCACCCAUGGCUCCGGCAAGAUCACGGAGAUCAAGCUGAUGAACGGCUUCGGCUUCAUCGAAUAUGAGGAUGCCAUGGAUGCUCGGGACGUUGUGCCCGAUGGCUGUGACUUCAAAGGCGAGCGACUGACAGUGCAGUUUGCUCGUGGUCCUCGGCGCAAGGAGAACUUCCCUGGUCCCCCAGACCGCCCGGCUGUUCCUCGCCCCCGUCGUACCAUGUUCCGGAUGCAGAUUUCCGGUCUCCCAGAAACUAGUUGGCAGGACUUGAAAGACUUUGCUCGCCAGUCAGGACUGGACGUGGUCUACUCCGAGACCGGCCGUGAACAAGGAAGAGGGUUUGUUGAAUUCGAAACCGCCAACGACCUCAAGACCGCCGUGGAAAAGCUGGACCAGCGCGAAUUCAAAGGCUCGCGCGUGACUUGCGUCGCGGAUAUCCAAAGCUUUGAAGACCGUCCCGUCCGUGAUCCCUACCGGUCCCGCUCCCCACGCCGGCCCUACCCUCCCAUGGAUGAAUACGACCGAAGAUUCCCCGCCCCCCGUGGAUACAGUCCUCGGGACCACUACCGUGAACGGUCACCCGUGCCCAUGCGCGGGGGUUACUAUGACCGCGAUGGCUAUGGCCGCCGAACCCCGCCACGCCCCCGGAUGGAGGACUACCCUCCUCCCCGUCGUCCAUACGAGGAUCCCUAUGAUGCCCGGCCUCCGCCCCCGCCGCGCCACUACGAUGACCCAUAUCUAGCGGCGCGGCCGUACGGCCGGCCCCGCUCCCCGCCGCGAGGUGACUACGUCGCAUACGAGCGUCCACGCUACUGGUAG